AUGUCGUCGUUUUUCACAGUUCCCGGCGCGCAAAAGAAGAGGAAGAGGCCCUCAGCCCCUGAAGCGCCCAAGAAGAGAGUUGCCGCUUCAAAGUCGUCGGCCAAGUCGUCUGCGAGAUCUGCGAAGCCGGCCGCGAAACCAGCCGCCUCCAGCAAGAAGCGAGUCGAGCGUGACGACGAGUCAAUCUCGGGCAGCGACUCUGAGGAUGAUGAAAGCCAACAAGGCGCUUCCGACGCGAUCAAUGACGAAGACGAUAAUGAUUCUGACAACGAGGGCGAGACCGCCGCCGAGAAGCGACUGCGGUUGGCCGAGCGCUACCUGGACAACGUCAAGGAGCACGUGGACGAGAUUGGAUUCGACGCCGCGGAGAUUGAUCGAGAUCUAAUCGCUGAGAGGCUGCAAGAGGAUGUUGCCGAAACAAAGGGAAAAGUUUACCGUCAAUUGGCCUCGGAGCUGGCCUUUGAGAGCGUCCGCCAGACAUUCUUCAGAUCAAACACAAACUCUAUCACAUCCAUUGCCGCUUGCGCGCCAUACGUCUACACCACCACCAAAGACCUCUUCCUGCACAAGUGGAGGAUACAGGACCUACCUCAGCACCAGUACCCGCAGACAACAAAACGGAAACCGAAGAAGCCACCGGCACCGCCCAAAAAGAGGCCGGAGUUGGAGAUGUGGAUCAAGGGAAACGCGGGCAAGCAACAGGAUAAGGAGUACAAGAGACAUGUGGGCAGCAUUCUGGCUGUUGCUGCUUCCUCAGACGGCAAAUUCGUUGUCACCGGAGGCCAAGACAAGAAGAUUAUCGUCUACGACGCCGAGACCCUCAAGCCAAUCAAGAUCUUCACACACCACCGCGACGCUGUAACAGGACUGGCGUUUCGGAGGGGCACAAAUCAGCUCUAUUCGUGCUCCAAGGACCGGACAGUCAAGGUCUGGAGUCUGGAUGAGCUGGCCUACAUCGAGACGCUUUUCGGUCACCAAGACGAGGUUCUCGACAUCGAUGCCCUCGCCCAAGACCGAUGCGUCAGUGUCGGCGCUCGAGAUAGGACGGCCCGAUUAUGGAAGGUGGCCGAAGAGACACAGCUAGUCUUCCGUGGCGGCGCGGUAGACAAGAAGCCACAGCCGGGCAUCAACCCCCGGUCACUCCUCCACGAGGGUAGCAUGGACCGUAUCGCCAUGAUUGACGACGAGCUCUUCGUCACCGGCAGCGACAACGGCAGCCUUGCCCUCUGGAGCGUUUCCAAGAAGAAGCCCGUCUACAUCCAGCCCCUCGCUCACGGCCUAGACCCGCCGCUCAAGCCCGAGGCCGCAUCCGCCGAGGUGAAGCCGGACCGCAAGGCCGUCCCCGCCCCUCUCCCUCGCUGGAUCACGGCCCUCAAGACCAUCCCUUACUCCGACGUCAUCCUUAGCGGAAGCUGGGACGGCCACGUGCGCGUGUGGAGGCUGUCAGAGGACAAGAAGAAGAUUGACCUCGUCGCCACCCUCGGCGGCUCCCCAGACGACGAAAAGCCGGCAGACGCCGACGACCAGCCCAACGGCGCGCCCAAGAACGGCAAGGAAAACCCGCACCCCCGACUCGUUCACGGUGUCAUCAACGACAUCACCGUGUUUGAGCGUGGCGAACGCGGCCAAGACGGCGUCUGCAUCGUCGCCGCCGUGGCCAAGGACCACCGCCUAGGAAGAUGGAGCGUGAGCAAAGGCAAAGGCGUAAGAAACGGCGGAGUAGUAUUUGAAAUUCCCAAAAUCCCAAAAGCAUCCACCAACGGCGUACAUAACCAAGAGGAAGAGGAAGGUGACGGCUCAGACGAGGAUCAGGAGAAGCGUGCAGCAGCAAAAUCAUAG